UAAUUUGGUUAAUAAUUUAUUAUUAAUUUCUAAAGGUACUAGUUAGUACAUAAUCGUUUUUUAUUCAUUAGUGACAUUUAUGUCUUACCGUCCCGUUAAUAGCUUAAACGUCGUAGCGUACAACAUUACGCUUUUUUCAAAUAUUGCUCCCUAAAAUGACAGUACAAAGUUGAUUGCGCUUUAUUAUUCAAAUCAUAGCCCUGUGAAAUUGUUCUGCUGAAUUGUUAUCACUUUUGUGUCCGAUAAGGUGUACGAUCGUGAAAAUUGUAAUUUGAAUAAAAGAGUUUUUAUUCUUUAUACACAAUGAGUUAUCAAGAUGAGGAAGAACAAAUUGGCUAUCAGGUUGGAUCGUUCCCGAAAGAUUUUGGUUACGGAAACUUUGAUCAUGAGGACAAUACCUCUCGUUCGGUCGAAGAUAAACCUCGCAUUCUUCUAAUGGGUCUCCGUAGAUCAGGAAAAAGCUCGAUCCAGAAGGUGGUUUUCCAUAAAAUGUCCCCAAACGAAACAUUAUUUCUGGAGUCGACAAACAAAAUCGUCAAAGAUGACAUAAAUAAUAGCAGCUUUGUGCAGUUUCAAAUCUGGGAUUUCCCGGGACAGAUAGAUUUUUUCGAUCCCACUUUUGAUUCCGACAUAAUAUUUGGUGGCUGUGGAGCAUUAGUUUUUGUGAUUGAUGCUCAAGAUGAAUAUAUCGAAGCCCUGGCCAAACUCAAUCAAACAGUAACUAAGGCACACAAAGUGAAUCCUAGGAUCAAGUUUGAAGUUUUUAUCCAUAAAGUAGACGGCGUUAGUGAUGAUUCAAAAAUGGAGUCACAGAGAAACAUCCAUUCUCGAGCUACGGAUGAUUUGGCUGAUGCUGGAUUAGAAGGUGUUCACCUGAGCUUCCACCUUACAUCUAUUUAUGACCAUUCGAUAUUUGAGGCCUUCUCGAAAGUUGUUCAAAAGCUAAUCCCACAGUUGCCAACGCUUGAAAAUCUGCUCAACAUCUUUAUUUCGAAUUCUGGGAUUGAGAAAGCCUUUCUGUUUGAUGUGGUAUCUAAAAUUUAUAUAGCAACUGAUUGUUCUCCAGUAGAUAUGCAAAGUUAUGAAUUAUGCUGCGAUAUGAUUGACGUUGUCAUAGACCUGUCUUGUAUCUAUGGAUCUAAGGACGAUCCUGAUGUUGCUGCCUUCGAUAACCAUAGCUCCAGCCUUAUCAAAAUGAAUAACAGUACGAUAUUGUAUCUCCGGGAAGUGAACAAAUUUUUAGCUUUGGUUUGCAUCAUACGAGAAGAAAACUUUUCUCGACAAGGAGUGAUAGAUUACAACUUCUUAUGUUUUCGGGAAGCCAUUACGCAAGUGUUCGAGCUCAGACUAAAAAAUCAAAAACUCGAGGCAGCUGAACACAGUCAGGAUCAUGAGAGCGAUUAUCAAGGUUCAAUUCCUUCAAAUGGCAGCGUUUCACAUACACUCGAUCAACAGAUGAGUAAAACAGCUGUUGUUUAAUUUGAUUGAUGAUUGAUUGUUUAAAAUGAGGAGCAAAUCACCUAAAAAUGUAAAAUAUGUUUUUGUUGUAAUGUUGCAUGAAUAAAGAAUUGAUUCAAUUAA